AUGGGACCACCGCCGACCAGGUGGCCCCUGCUGGCCGCCCUCGUCGCGGCGGCGCUGCUCGCCGGCGCGGCGGCGGCGACGGAGGAGGCCUACGUCACGCUGCUCUACGGCGACGAGUUCGUCCUCGGCGUGCGCGUCCUGGGCAAGUCCAUCCGCGACACCGGCACGCGGCGGGACAUGGUCGUGCUCGUCUCCGAGUACUCGCGGGAGCUCCUCGAGGCUGAUGGUUGGAUCGUGAAGCGUAUAACUUUACUGGCUAAUCCUAACCAAGUGAGACCAACGAGGUUUUGGGGUGUCUACACAAAGUUGAAGAUAUUCAACAUGACAAGCUACAAAAAGGUUGUUUAUCUUGAUGCAGAUACUGUAGUUGUAAAAAGUAUCGAGGAUGUUUUCAAGUGUGGGAAGUUCUGUGGGAACUUGAAGCAUUCUGAAAGAAUGAAUUCCGGAGUGAUGGUUGUGGAGCCAUCUGAAACUGUUUUCAAGGAUAUGAUUAGCCAAGUAGACCGGUUGCCUUCCUACACUGGAGGGGAUCAAGGUUUUCUUAAUUCAUAUUAUGCUGAUUUUGCUAACUCCCGCGUGUAUGAGCCAGACUCACCUUUAACACCUGAACCGGAGACACAGCGCCUUUCUACCUUGUAUAAUGCUGAUGUUGGUCUUUACAUGCUAGCCAACAAGUGGAUGGUUGAUGAAAAGGAACUUAGAGUUAUUCACUACACACUAGGUCCCCUUAAACCCUGGGACUGGUGGACAGCUUGGCUUGUAAAACCUGUGGAGAUAUGGCAGGAUGUUAGGCAAAAACUUGAAGAAUCUCUUCCGGGAACCGGUGGGGGAAGGAACCCUCAUGAUCAGCUGGUGGUCAAAUUUUUAUUCAUUCUUCCCUUCUGCCUGCUGUUAUUUGGUUAUUACCAAUCAUGCUUUCAGAACUAUAAGGAUUUUCCAAGUGUGCAGUCUUUAUGUGCGUUUGCAAGAAGAGGCCGUCAUAAGUAUAAGUCUGAAGAGGCACUUCCAUCUUAUUCAGCAGUUGGUGUUUCAUCAUCUACAUUUUCUACUUCAAAUCAAAGAAUCUCAAACGGGCCACAUCUGAAGCUGCCUUCUUAUUUCGGGGCGAUUGCUGUGCUAAUCUGUUUUAUGUCUGCUGGUGUCUCUCUUGCCUUUGCUUUCACUAUCAUUCCACGACAAAUUAUGCCAUGGACAGGUCUGCUACUGAUGUUUGAGUGGACCUUCGUGGCAUUCUUCUUAUUGUUUGGUAGCUAUCUCCGUUUUGUCUAUCGAUGGGGAAGUAUCAGUGCAACUCAUGUGGGAUAUAGCAAUUCUGAUUCAUCAGAGAAUCACAUGGCUACAGGCCAUCAUCAGCGCAAUAUAUCUGACUUCGACAUGGAGGCGACAUUUUACUGGACAGGGAUGGCUGUCAUAGCUAUCAUUACUGUAUUUUCACCAACUAUCUUGGGUAUAACUGCAUUAUUUACAAAGCUAGGGUUGAUGGUUGCCGGUGGUGUUCUGCUGGCAUCUUUUAUGACGUAUGCUUCGGUGCAUCUUGCUAUCUCAGCCUUCCACAAGGGUCAAAAAGAUAGGAAUGGGUCGAGAACUAGAAGAAUUUGUUUCUGGUGUUUGUAG